AUUAUUAAGCACCUGACUUGCUUCUGCACAAAGGUCUCAAGUUUGUUGCUCGCACGGGGAUCUGGAGGACGCCAUCCACUUGCUCUAAAAUUGAACCACAGGUUCCAUGAUGGGUCGACUUGAUGGGAAGGUCAUCGUCCUGACCGCUGCUGCUCAGGGGAUUGGCCGGGCAGCUGCCAUCGCUUUUGCAAGAGAAGGUGCCAAAGUCAUAGCCACAGAUAUCAAUGAGUCCAAACUUCAGGAACUGGGAAAGUACCCUGGUAUUCAAAUUCGGGGCCUUGAUGUCACGAAGAAGAAACAAAUUGAUCAGUUUGCCAAUGAAAUUGAGAGACUUGAUGUUCUCUUUAAUGUUGCUGGUUUUGUCCAUCAUGGAACCAUCCUGGACUGUGAGGAGAAGGACUGGGACUUCUCGAUGAAUCUCAAUGUCCGCAGCAUGUACUUGAUGAUCAAGGCAUUUCUUCCUAAAAUGCUUGCACAGAAAUCUGGCAACAUUAUCAACAUGUCCUCUGUGGCUUCCAGCCUCAAAGGGGUUGUGAACAGAUGCGUGUACAGUACAACCAAGGCAGCCGUGAUUGGCCUCACAAAGUCCGUGGCUGCAGACUUCAUCCAGCAGGGCAUCAGGUGCAACUGUGUGUGUCCAGGAACGGUUGAUACCCCAUCUCUGCAAGAAAGAAUACAAGCCAGACCAAAUCCCGAAGAGGCACUAAGCUCUUUCCUGAAGAGACAGAAGACUGGAAGAUUUGCAACCGCAGAAGAAGUAGCCCUGCUCUGUGUGUAUUUGGCUUCUGAUGAAUCUGCCUACAUAACAGGUAAUCCUGUCAUCAUUGAUGGAGGCUGGAGCUUGUGAUUUUAGAAUCUUCUUGCUGAGAAGGCAGGCUCUUCCUGUCCAUAGUGAACCCCCGAUUAAGAAGAAAACUCACCCAUCAUGCCUCUCCUGUUAACAGCAUAUUAAUGAAAACAAAUAAGUUCUUUUUAAUGAUGUCAUUGUUCACAAUGUUCACAAUGAGUCAGGUUCUUUAAAUAUAUUAAUCUCUUUCUAACCUCUUCUGAAAUCAUUGUAGGUGGAUGACAUAAAAGAUAAUGAACUCACUGCAAAUGAAGAGUUUUAAAAUAAACCACAGUUUGUAAGCAUAUAAGAUUAAAAGUAAAUAUGAAAAAUGGAAAGUUUUUAAGAAAAAGGUAUUUGUAUUUUACUUCUAUUUCCUAAUAUUCAAAUAUUUCAUACAAUUCUGCAUUAGUCUGUACAUGGACUCUAAUUUUAAAUUUUUACACCAUCAUAAAUGAAUACAAGGUAGGAAAGAAUUUAGCUUCAAUAACUUAUAUUAAAUAAGAGUUUAGAUUCAGAACUAUAUUGUUAAUCUGUUAUAUAAAAGACAAAUAAUCAUCAAGUGUUUAUUUUUAACAGACGUUAUCACCCAUAAUUAAGUACUAUUUUCUUAGGUUAACUAAAAAAUCAUUAUUAAAAUAAACAAUGAUAUUGGCACGGGCCUAAGAAACUUACAGUGAACUAGCAGUACUGUCAGUUUGAAUGUAGAUUUUUUUCACCAAAUUCCAGGUUAACAGUAAGAGGACAUGAAAUUUAGAAACAAUCUCUGGAUAAAUAAAUAUAAAUGACUCAUAUAACAGGACACAAAAUUAAAGAAAAUAAAAUGUUCAAGAGAUGGGUGAAA